UCCAUCCAUCCAUCCAUCCAUCCGCUUAGCACUAGAAGCUCCGAGAGCCAGCAGAAGUCAGAGGUCAGCAAGAGGAAGGCCCCGCAGUUGGAGGUGGGCGCGCAGAGCCGGGCUGAGCGGGGGUUGAUGAGGCGAAGUGAGGGCAGGGGUCCCGUCCAGGGGCCUGGCACAGGACCCAGAAGGAGCCAGCCACACCGAGAUGGGGAGGGGCGGCCAGGCCCACCUCUGGGGACCUGGCCCUCACUGCGGGGCAGGGGGUGACAUGCCUGCUGCGUGCACCUGACGUGCCAGCAGAGUGGCCUCAGUCGGAGCGCAGCACCCAGGGGACUCGAGUGCACAGCCCAGGCUCGGCCCUUGGACCCUCAGGGCACCCGGGCCCCACGUGAGUCCUGAAGGGCCGCUCCCCGCACUGGUCUCUCUGCGCCCAGCAGAGCUUGGGGAGUUGAAGCCAGUGGUGCCCCAGCCCUGGGGGUGGGGGGGCCAGGGCCAGGGGGGAGCACAGUGCUCGGCCCACACCUGGCUGAGGGCGACGUGUAUCAGCCCAGGACUCCAGGCCCCUUGAGGGCUCAGGGCCCCCACAUCUAAGAGCCAUGUCUGGAUGGGGAUGUUGUUGGGGGCCUUGUCCUCUCCCCGGCCCAGUGAGUCCCAGGCUCCCUUACACGUGGGCACACACCUGCACACGCAGGGGACAUGCGUGCUCUCACACUCAGCCAGUUUCAUGUGUUGGUGCAUACACGCCCACCCGCCCACUCACAGGCACUGCCCGGCUGGAGAGCAAACAGACAUUUGGGGACCAGUGGGCUGGCCAGGUCUCAGAACCAGGGUCCAGCCCCACCUCCUGUGCGUGAGGCCCAGUCACGCCCCAGAUGGUACAUUCCUCAGGUCUUCCUGUCCCUGUGCCUCUGGGCACUGACUGUCCCCUGAGGAGCUCAAGUGACCUCAGAGCUGGGAUAUUCCCAGGAGCCCUCAGGAGGGUGUUCUCAGAGCAGAGGGACCAAGAGGACACUUCCUAGAGGAAGCAUAUAACCCCCCAAGUCGCAAUCCCCAUGGGAACCAGAGCCCCAUAUCGCACAGGCUGGGCCAGGCCCUCACAGAGGCUCCCUACACUGAAUCCCCACCCUCUGAAUUCCCACCACCCCCUCGGAGCCCCCACUUGCCUCCCUGGGCUUCCACCCUCUUCUCUGAGCCCCACCCCUCGUCAGGUGUCUCACUGAGACUCUUCUCCCUCAAGGGACACACAGAGGAGCCCUGUCCCCUUCCUGAGCCCAGGCCUCCCCUUCUGCAGGGACAGGACACUGUCCCACCACUUCCCACAUUCCCCCAACAUUUAAGCCUCCAUGAGCCGGCCACCCACCUAUCCCAUCUUCCUGUGGCCCGCUCUUCCUGGGGUCCCAUGCCCAGGCAGCCUGCUCUAUGCACUCGCCCCCUAAUGCUCUGGUAGGGUCUUCCUCGUGCUGACCUCUGACCUCUGUGGCUCUCAGUGCUUCUAGUGCUGUUGGGGCCAGGCAGCCUCUGGGAGCUGAGGUGGUCAAUGGGCACCUGCCAGUGGGUGUAAGAUAGGCUGUACCCCCCAGGGUGCACCCCACUCCCAGCCUCACCAUGCUCAGCACCCCUCCCCACAGGCUGGCGAUUGGGGUCCCAUCUCAGCAGUGCCCAGCUCGGAUGUGUGCUGAGGUGAGCAGGGUCAGGGCGCACGGGGCAGCCUGCCAGACCAUAGGGCUGGGGGCAGCAGGAGUGUCAUGGGCACCAGGAGCUCCCCCAAAGGCUGCAGGGGACGGGCGCUGGGCUGCAGACUCACAAGUUUGGGGGUGGCAUACGUGCGAACUUUGGGUGACACAUGGACACACACGUGAGCAGGCUGUCCGUACACAUGAGGAUGGCAGUGAGAACACAGGUAUGGAGGGCUGGGUUGAGCCGGUGAGUGGGGGGCCCACCCAGACUCACGGGUGCCACCGGGGCCCUGAAGAGCGGCUGUGAGCUGAGCUGUUCGUUCCGGAAGGGCUGCUCCAGUGUGCCAGGGGCCUUGGGGAAGUUCACCCAGGCAUCCAGCCCCCCGAACCCCCACAUCGAAGCCUGCACUGACCCCCCCACAGCCCCACCCCAGGCUGUGACCUCUCACCUCUGAGUCCCCGCCCUCUGCCACCCAGCCUGCCAGGGAGAGGAAUGGGAUGCCAGCCAAUCCCAGAGGCUCCAGGCCACGCCCCUGGCCAGCAUGACCUGAGUGUAUAAAUACACCUGCCAAGACCUACAGCCCGAGAAUGCACACCUGCCUUGUCACGCCACACCUGGAAGAACACACGCAUUGCUCUGCACACCACCUGCCAGGGACACAGCAAAGGGCGCACCUUCCAGACCAGGGACAUUGAGAUUGCUGCUGGCAGCCAGCCCCGUGAAGGGACAUCUGUCGGGUGGCACACAGGCCAGGCCUGGCCCAGAGGAGAAGGAGAGAAGACUGCUGGAACAGGAACGCUCAGAGCCUCAGAGCCUGGCUGUGGCCAGCCAGGAGGACCAUGCCCAGGCACCGCUGACCCUUGGCCACCAGCUCAGAGCCAUGUCAUCAGGCCAGCAGGUGUGGCACACGGCCAUGCCACACCCUGGCCGGAGCAGCCCCACAGCCACAGUGUCCAGGUCCCCCAGCUCGGCCAGCAACCCCAGGUCCCCCAGUUCGGCCAGCGACCCCAGGUCCCCCAGUUCAGCCAGCGGCCCCAGGUCCCCCUACUCGGCCAGCGAUCCCAGGUCCCCCAGUUCGGCCAGCGGCCCCAGGUCCCCCAGCACCCCUGGCUCAGAGAAGGUGGCCUCCCCGCUGGAGUGCUCCAUCUGCUUCUCUGGCUAUGACAACAUCUUCAAGACGCCCAAGGAGCUAUCCUGCACUCACGUGUUCUGCUUAGAGUGCCUGGCACGGCUGGCGGCCGCCCAGCCAACAGACCGACUGGGCGGUGAGGCUGUGCCCUGCCCGUUCUGCCGGCAGCCGACCGCUGUGCCUGCCGCCGGAGCCCCCGCGCUGCAUACCAGCCGGCAGCUGCAAGCCAAGAUGCCGGCACACCUGCGGCGGGAAGAGCCCGUGUGGCUGGAGGGCACCAAGCUGUGCUGCCGGGCCCCGCCCCCCGCCCCUGGCCUCAGCUUCGUGUGCGUGGACGUGGGCCUAAGCAAGCCCCCGGAGCCUGCACCACCCACGCCCACCCCAGGCCCUGCCCCACGCCGCAGCCGCCUGGCCCGCUGCUGGGCGCGCUUAGGGGACUGGAGGCGCAUGGCCCUGGUCACCACCCUGCUGCUGGUGCUCUUCUGCGUGGUGCUCUGGCCCGUGCAGUGCGCGCUCAGGACCGGGAACCUGCACUGCCUGACCCGGCCCCCCACCCACGCUGCCACGGCCACCAUCACCUACACAGCCACCUUCUCUCUCGGGCCCUUGGCCGACAACUAGGGCUGUCCCAUGCUCCACUCAUGGGUUCCCAGCCCACAGCUGGAGUCACAGGUGCAGCAGGUGUUGGGAGUCAGUCCCCUGGGGACCCCAGAGGAGCCCUAACAUCUCGGCGCCACAUUUGGCUUACCUGCCCCCCAGGGGCUGGGUCCUGAUAGGGUGGACAAAAGGGUCCCCAAAGCCUCCAAGAAUCACAGGCUCCUAUGAGCCCCAGAGACCACCACCCUAACUCCCACCAUGCAGAUGGGGAAACAGGCCCAGGAGAAACAGCCUGGCAAGCACCCUCUCUGCACACACUGAAUCGCCCACAGGGGUGGCCCCUUGAGCAGAAAGGACUCGCUGUCCUUAUCUUAUUUCCACAUUUCACCCACGGCUCUUCCCCCUUACGUUCCCCCAGGCAGGGCUGGUCCCUUCCCUUUGCCGGGGGUGCUAAUCCUGGCCUCCGACCAGGGGACAGAAGACAGCGGCAGAGCGCUCAGCCCGCCAGUACCCAGCCCACC